UCGUCUAACCCCGCUCCCCCGCAGCACACGCUCGCGACCGUCAUCGCAGCGCAGCUUGGUGGCGCACCACCUUCAUCCAGGACCCGAGGGAAGCGCGCGGCGCCUCUGAUGUUUUGACCGCAGAGCACUCACCCUGCAGUCUCUCUCUCUCUCUCUCUCUCUCUCUCUCUCUCCCCGCGGGCCCUCGGAUAAGGUUCUUUGCUACGUCUCGGUCACGUGUCUGCGCCGAGCGCAGGCUUGGCUUUCGGCGAAUGCCCUGCGCGAGCAGCGGUGCACGGGCUGACAUGUGAGAGGCAACUCACAGACACGCGCAAAGUUAUGGCACGGUCAUCACCGGAGGAAGAGGUCCCACGGAGAUUCCUGCCUUCGAACACGUCCCUCGCCGGCGACGCGCACGUCUUCCGGGACGCUCACCGCCGGAGCGACAAUCCUCACAUUACGCCUUAAAUAAAACCAAUUGAAAAAAAGCCUGAACGAGCAUUGAUAACUUCACUUCUCAGGUUUUUUCGCAUCUUUCGGAUCAGGAUACGCAGCGGCGGCGCCGGGCUCUGAUUUUCCGCAUCAGCCUGAAAGACCCGUUUUCCGACGCCUCAGCAGGGUCGAGUUAAGCGAGGGGCGCAAUGCAACAGGCCCGUGGAGUGGAGAUAACGAGUUGCUCGCAGCCACGCACGGUGUAAGCCGAUCUCCAUGCAGCCAUAGUUCCAAGUGCCCUUCAAUCGACCUGAGGAUGACGCUCAGAGAAUAAGGCGUCUGACUUGAUCUUCACCUGCAGCACCUUUGAGGCGUUUUACCAAAUCAGCAUCAGCCAUGAACCUGUUCAGGAGGGAUGCCAUGACUACAAAGAAGGAGAAGGAGAAAGAGGUCCAGUAUGAGGAGCCUCCAGACGGAGGCUGGGGCUGGAUGGUGGUGCUGCAUUGCUUCCUGGUGAACGUUCUGGUGAUGGGAACGCUGAAGACCUUCGGGAUUUUCUUCGUAGCCUUUCAGGACGAGUUCGGAGGCUCGGCAGAAAGCAUCAGCUGGAUCGGGUCCAUCAUGUCGAGUCUGCGUCUGUCUGGAGCUCCCAUUGCGUCCGUGGCCUGUGCCAAGCUCGGCGCCAGGGUGACCUCCAUCACUGGGGCGGUGCUGGUUAGCGGAGGCUUCCUCCUCAGCAUCUUUGCUAACAGCGUGGUGUUUCUCUACAUCAGCAUGGGGGUGAUCGUUGGAAUUGGUUUUGCGCUACUAUACCAGUCCUUCUCAGUGGUCACAGCUCUGUACUUCAGAAGGAGGCUAGCGACAGCGUAUGCAAUCGGGCGUUCUGGGAUGGGCCUGACCUUUGCCCUCGCCCCGUUCACGCAGCUGCUCCUGGACCAGUAUGCUUGGCAAGGGGCGAUCCUGAUCCUCGGCGGCCUCAUGCUGAACCUCGUGGCCUCUGGGAUGCUGCUGAGACCUAUAAAUGUGAAGCCCCCCGCGUCGAACCCUACCUCAUCCCCCGUCCAAAAGAGCCCUGCUGUUUCGCUCAAGAGCUCCUCAGAGAAGGAACACGCUAAGAGCUUCUUGAACGGCUCCUCCCACUUAUCCAAUGGAUUCUCCAAAUCGGACUCCUUCCCGUCUCCACCCCACCCCCACAGGGACUCGGAGCACCUAAAAGGGCAAUGCACUCAGGGACCCCCGGACCAGUCAGUGAACCCUGAACUCGCCCAGCUGGUCGCCGGGGGUGUGAAUGGCCACGAACCUCGCCGUGACCCGGGUCAGUGUAAAUCCACAGAGGCAGACUGUUCAGCAGAGAUAAAUGGCAGCAUGAAUGGGUCCACGGCUGUGGGAUGUCAUUCCCACACCAACGCAUCGAGUGAGGUGGCCCUCGACAAAACCAAAGUACUGGAUUUCUCCCUCCUGAAGGAUCCUUUCUUCUGCAUCUACACCUGGUCCUUGGUCUUCAGCCAGCUGGCCUACUUCAUCCCCUAUUUCCACCUGUCUGCUCGAGCCAGAACCCUGGGCAUCGAUGCCAUGGAUGCAUCGUUCAUCAUUUCCGUGGCAGGCAUCACAGAGACCAUCUCCCAGCUGGCCUCGGGCUGGGUGACCGACAGGAACCUCUUCCACAAAUACCACUACCACAAAGCGUACCUGAUCCUGUGCGGCCUGGUCAACCUGCUGUCCCCGCUGGCCACCUCCUACAUCCUGCUGAUGGUGUACGCCGUCUUCUUCGCCAUCUUCUGCGGCGGCUACAUGGCUCUGCUGCUGCCCGUCUUGGUGGACCUCGUGGGCUCAGAGAAGCUCAACAACUCCAUGGGCUUCUCCAUGUUCUUCGUGGGCCUGGGUUGCCUCACGGGGCCUCCUUUGGCAGGAUUCCUGUACGACUACACGCAGACGUACGACUGCUCCUUCUACCUGGCUGGACUCUGCUACCUGCUCUCCUCCCUCUCCCUGUUCAUGGAGCCGCUGGCCCAGCGCUGGGCGGCCACCAAGAAACGGACUCAGGCCGCGAGAGCGGAGCGCAGCUGUAGGAUCAACGGCUGCUUCACCCCCGACCGACUGCAGAACGGCGCCGUCUAGGAAGGACGCCCAGGACAGGCCCUGGGACCGGACGGAGCCGCCGUGGGCCGGCUUGCGGCGCUUUGGACCUCGGACUGAGAACGUGGCCAAGGAUGAGGAGUGAGCGGGACGUCGGUUCGAAACCGCGCAGUAGUUGGGAUGUUGAACUUUUACAAAAAAAAGCCAAAAUCCUAGUUCCUCUACUGUUGCACCUAUUAGGGACACAUUCAUUCUAGACGGUCCCUUACAUGCCACAGCUGGCACAUUUUAGUAUUAGCAGCUUUGCAACCACAAGAAGAAGAAUAUAUUAUUCUAUUUUUCAAUGCAACAACAAACUUGCACUUGCUUUUUCAGAAAGUGUUUUAUUGCUGCGAACAAUGCUGUUGAGCCUGAAGCCCUGUCCUGGUCUUUGCUGCAGGAGGUUUCCUUUGACCUUUGACAUAACCGCAGACCGUCUGCGUCACGCUGUUUAAUUUGCUCUUCAAAGCUAAAACUCAGUAUUUGCUUCAGUAGUUGACCCGAAUGAAAUUUGUAUCUGGCCUCAGCUGGAAGCGAAUACAGCGCUAAUUCAGAUAUUCUCUUUGGGUCUUCGCUGCAGCUUCACUUCCCAUAGACGUUAAAAGACAGAAUGUUCAGCACAUUUUAACAUUCCUGUCAUGUUUUGCUCUCUUUGGGUCCUUCUUACCUAUUUAAAUCUUUUAUUCCUGCAGUUUUUAGGGAAAAACAUUUGAACAUUUUUGAGCAAAAAGAGCAUUUGAACUUGCAGUAUAAUGACGCUGGAUUCAUUUUAGCUUCUUUAACAUAAACAAACACUUCGACAUGAACCAUGAAGUGACUUCAGCUGCUUUCACUUUAAGUGCUUACCUACAGCUGAUGCUUCAGCUUCUCACUGUGCACACAUUAGAGAUUUCUUCUGCCAAUUUAAUUGACAUUCCAACUUUGCAAUGUUUACUCCACCAGCUGUUAGUUUGUCUAGUUUUACAUUUACAUGAAAUCCAUCACAUAUUUUAAAUUCAGGGAACACUUGAAAUUUUACAUUUCUUUAACUAAGCUUUUUCACACUUCACUUCCUAUCUCUCAUACAUAUUAACCUGUUUAGAGCUAGUGCCUGCACUUUCCUGCCCAAAAUGAGCAUGGGAGCCAUGAAAGUGCACAUAUGAGUAACAGCUCACUCUUCUACUCCAUCACUGUAGCUUUGACAGCGUCCCCUGAAAGAAGCCAGUUGGGUCCAGGCCGAAAUGCUCUGAUGUGUGAAUGUCUCGGAAACGUAUCGACUUUGUAAUUCUGCUCAUUUCUGACCAGCUGUGUAACAAUGAUGUCUCACAUAUGUUGCCCACUCUCACAGUGCCUGCAGACAGCCAAGUAAUGGCAAUGCCGUUUAUAAUUUUAUUGUGUUUUUACAUGGGAGUACAUUUGUUGCUGAAUCUUUUUUAUACAAUAGUUUUGUGUUUACAGUGAAUUCUGUUGUCACAACUGUUCGCCUUAUAAAGGUACUGUAUAGUAUCUUUACUAACUUUUCUACGAUGUCAGCCAAAGACACAAUAGAAAACCUACGUACAAGCUCACUGUUAGUUCAUGUGAUUGAAUACAGAUUAAACCACUGUGGCCCAGGAGCCACUAAUGGACUUGUUUGUUUAAUGCUGCCCUCUUGUGGAUGGUGAAGGCUUCUACGUAAAGAAUUCCUCUUCAAUUAGUACCAAAUUAUUCCCCCUCAACUCACUUUCACAAUACUGAGCGAGGCUCUUUGUAUUGUUUCAACAACUACAGUCAUGCAUAAAAGCUUUUUGGCUCACGAUUACAUUCACCAGCAGUUUGCUUUUGUGAUUGAUGGCCAGAGAGUUAUUUCUGCUAUAAUACGUCUUUCAUGGAAAGGAUUUUAUGCUUUAGAGGUGAAUUUGGUUCUGGGGUGUUUCACUGGAUCCUAUAAGAAACUGUCAGUUUAAGCAAUAUGUUGAAAUAUCUUUCAUGAUGUCAACAACACUGUUAAAGGAGCAAGUUCUGUUUAAUGGGGGUUGGUUGCAACAAAUUUACACUGUUUUGUCACUACUCAUGGAUUUGUUAAGUGAUCAAGUUUAGAAAAUGUGCUUAUCUAAUCGUACAUAUCCUGUUUCAAUCCAUUAGAGUUUGUUUUAAGCAUUGUAACAGAGAACACUCAGUAGUAAUAAACUGAUGUGUGACUCUGUC